GUUGCAGGAAUAAUGGAGUUUUCUUCUACUUUCUCCUCAAAAUCUUCUUCUUCUUCCGUUGUCUUCCAUGGCACCACCACUGGUAGACCUAAAUUACCAGUCUUCAGCUUAAACCGUAGAACUGCUAGCAUUGGUUCUGAGUCUUACUGUAGAAGAUUAGUAAAAUCCAACACCAGAACCUUCUCAUUGUCUUCUCUUUCUUCUUCAACCUUACCUCUUCUUGAUCAUAACCCUAUAAAGCUUGAGGUUGAGGUUAAGGUUGACCAGGAGAAAGAAACCCAAGAUGAAACAAAUCUCUUGACUCCUUCUGAAUAUCUUCAGAAUAUGGACCCAGAUUUGCAUGAACAGCUACUGUAUGAAGCUUUGGUGUGGAGUUCUCUUCAUGGGCUUGUUGUUGGAGACAAGAAAGUCCAGAGAUCGGGAAGAGUUCCUGGUGUUGGCAUGACUCACUCCCCAUUUUCUCUAUUGCCCAUGUCCUUUCCUCGAUCUCAUUGGCAGCAAGCCUGUGAAUUAGCCCCUCUUUUCAAUGAGCUCGUUGAUUGUGUCAGCUUAGAUGGUGAAUUUCUACAGGAAUCGCUCUCCAGGACAAAAGAAGCAGAUGUUUUCACCCGCAGACUCUUAGAUAUUCACUCCAAAAUACUUGAGAUCAACAAAAGAGAGGAAAUUUGUUUGGGUUUACAUCGUUCAGAUUACAUGCUUGAUGCUCAGACUAAUUCACUUCUUCAAGUAGAGCUCAACACUAUUUCAACUUCAUCAAUUGCUCCUGGUUGUAUUGUUAGUGAGCUUCACAGGAACUUAAUCAAUCAAAAUGGAAAGCUCCUUGGGUUAGAUUCUGGAAAAAUCCCUAGAAACAACAAUGUCAGUCAGUAUGCAGAGGCAUUAGCUAAAGCUUGGAUUGAGUACAACAACUCCAGGGCUGUCAUUUUGGCUGUAGUUCAAGCUGAUGAACACAAUAUGUAUGACCAGCUUUGGCUUCUCUCCAUUUUGAUAGAGAGAUAUGGUGUAACAGUAAUUCGUAAAACAUUAACAGAAAUAGAUGCUGAUGCGGUGCUUCUGCCAGAUGGGACUCUUCUUGUAGGUGAUCGAGAAGUUGCGGUUGUAUAUUUCAGAGCUGGGUAUACACCGCGUGAUUAUCCUUCAGAAUCAGAAUGGAGAGCAAGGCUACUGAUGGAGCAGUCCUCUGCUGUCAAAUGCCCAUCUAUUUCCUAUCAUUUAGUUGGAACUAAGAAGAUACAACAAGAGCUAGCAAAACCCAAUGUGCUUGAGAGGUUCAUUGAGAACAAGGAUGACAUUGAAAAACUACGUAAAUGCUUCGCAGGGUUGUGGGAUUUGGAUGACUCUAAUGCUGUGAAGAAUGCAAUUAAAAGACCUGAACUGUUUGUUAUCAAACCCCAACGAGAAGGAGGAGGGAACAACAUCUAUGGCGAUGAUGUGAGAGAAACCCUACUGAAAUUAGAGAAGGAAAGGAGUGAAGAACGUGCAGCCUAUAUUCUUAUGCAAAGGAUUUUCCCCUUUACUGCUCCUGCAUUUCUGGUCAGAGAUGGAUCUUGUCAUCAA